ACCACCACCGUGGGUUGCCCCUCAAAGCUGCAUCGAGACCUCCCACUGUUGGUGCUGAGCGGCGCUGAGCACAGCUCUCAGGGAGAAGGACAGAGCCUGGGUGGCGGACGCACAGCUUCUCGGGGCAGCUGGACAGAGAGGGAAGUGAGGCAGACGGACAGACAGACAGCAGAGACAAUUACAUAGACGGAGAGGAGAGACGCGGGCACACGGCCGCAGUGAGGGCCACCGGGAACAGAAGGGAACAGGCGUGCGCCUCGCUGCGGAGGCUGAGCAUCCCGCCGCCUUUGGGAAGCCCUUGCCUCCGCCGCCGCCAGGUCUCGCGGUGUGGGAGGGUCGCACUAGGUUCUGGCACUGGGACUUCAUGGCCGCCGUCGGGUCUGGGGCGCGGGCUACAUUUGGAGCCUGGGACUAUGGGGUCUUCGCGCUCAUGCUCCUCGUGUCCACGGGCAUCGGGCUGUGGGUGGGAGUGGUGCGGAGCCGGCAGCGCAGCGCUGAAGACUUUUUCACAGGGGGUCGGCGCCUGGCCGCCCUGCCCGUUGGCCUCUCGCUGGCUGCCAGCUUCAUGUCGGCCGUACAGGUGCUGGGGGUACCCGCUGAGGCCUACCGCUACGGCCUCAAGUUCCUCUGGAUGUGCAUGGGCCAGUUGCUCAACUCCCUACUGACCGCCGCCUUCUACCUGCCAGUCUUCUACCGCCUGGGCCUCACCAGCACCUACCAGUACCUGGAGCUGCGCUUCAGCCGAGCUGUGCGGUUCUUUGGGGCCCUGCAGUACCUGGUGGCCACAGUGCUAUACACUGGCAUCGUGAUCUAUGCCCCUGCACUCAUCCUGAACCAAGUGACUGGGCUGGACAUCUGGGCGUCGCUCCUGUCCACUGGAGCCAUCUGCACCUUCUACACCACUGUGGGCGGCAUGAAGGCUGUGAUCUGGACUGACGUGUUCCAGGUGGUGGUGAUGCUGGCCGGGUUCUGGGUUGUCCUGGCCCGCGGGGCCGUGCUUGUGGGAGGGCCUAGGCAGGUGCUGGAGCUCGCCCGGAACCACUCCCGGAUCAACCUGAUGGACUUUGACCCAGACCCACGGAGUCGGUACACAUUCUGGACUUUUGUGGUGGGCGGCACACUGAUGUGGCUCUCAAUGUACGGCGUGAACCAAGCACAGGUGCAGCGCUAUGUGGCCUGCCGCACAGAGAAGCAGGCCAAACUGGCCCUACUCAUCAACCAGCUGGGCCUGUUCCUGAUCGUGUCCAGUGCCGCUUGCUGUGGCAUCGUCAUGUUCGCGGUCUAUAUGGACUGCGACCCCCUCCUCUCAGGGCGCAUUUCUGCCCCAGACCAGUACAUGCCCCUGCUUGUGCUGGACAUCUUCGAGGACCUGCCUGGAGUCCCUGGGCUCUUUCUAGCCUGUGCCUACAGUGGCACCCUCAGCACGGCAUCCACCAGCAUCAAUGCCAUGGCCGCAGUCACUGUGGAGGACAUCAUCAAACUGCGGUUGCCCAACCUGGCACCCCGGAGACUCAUGGUCAUCUCCAAGGGGCUCUCGCUCGUAUAUGGCUCGGCCUGUCUGGCCAUUGCAGCUCUGUCCUCACUGGUCGGGGAUGGAGUCCUCCAGGGCUCCUUCACUGUCAUGGGCGUCCUCAGCGGCCCCCUCCUCGGAGCCUUCACUCUGGGCAUGUUCCUCCCCGCCUGCAACACACCGGGCGUCCUCUCAGGGCUGUUGGCUGGCUUGACCUUGUCACUGUGGGUGUCCGUGGGCGCCACUCUGUACCCGCCUACAGCGAAGUCCAUGGGGGUCCUGCCGUCCUCAGCCGCCGGCUGUGUGGAGCCCUCAGCCAACGCCUCUGCCUCUGGCAUCCUGGGCCCGCUACCCACCGCCAAUGCCUCCAGUGGGGCCCCCAGAAUGGACCCUGGCCGACCCGCCUUGGCUGACAGCUUCUACGCUAUUUCCUAUCUUUAUUAUGGUGCCCUGGGCACACUGAGCACCGUGCUGUGUGGAGCCCUCGUGAGCUACCUGACAGGCCCGACCAAGCACAGUGCCCUGCGUCCUGGUCUGCUGUGGUGGGACCUCACAUGGCAGACAGCAUCAGUAGCUCCCAAGGAAGAAGUGGCCACCCUGGAUGACAGCUUGGUGAAGGGGGCUGAGGACCCCCCCAGAACCAAGAGACCUCCUGACUUCUUGCCCACCAGUGAGGAUCAUCUGCUCUUCCUGGGGCAGGAGGAGGUGAAUGGAGCCAGCUCUGGCUUCAGGACCCCUGGCAGUGGAUGUGAGGAUGGUCAUGACCUUCGGGAGACAGACCUCUGAGCCAGCUCAGGACUGACCGCCAGGAAUAGAACCUCAGGAUGUUACACAGCCUCUGACCUUGGGAGCUGGAAGGGAGGAGGAAGGAGAAAGAACAUUUCAGCUUUCCUCCUGUGCCUGGACACUUUCCCCAUCUCAUCUGUUAAGGACUGUGAACCCACUCUGCAGAGGAAGAACCUGAGGCUCAGCGAGGUUGCCUGAGGUCACCCAGCAAGUCCUGUCCGGCAGUGACAGGCCUGGGCGCUGCUCAACACUGGCGCUGGGCUGUAGACACAUCACUGGUGGGCCCGGUCCGACAGGCUGGGCAAGUGCACAUCCCUGACUCUUGCCUGGAAACUUCAUCCACACAUAUCAAAUAAAUGGACUCUGAGGCUUGA